GUUUCCAGCCGGACGGUUUGUGGGCGCGGACGGCGCCAUGGCGGCCGCCGCGGGCUGAGGGGGACGGGCCCGCCAUGUUCGCCAGGGCGUUCCGCGUGAGGGCCAACACCGCCAUCAAGGGCUCCGAUCGGAGAAAGCUACGAAAUGAUGUUGCAGCAGCUUUUCCCAACUUUAGUGCUGAACAACUGGCUGAGUUUAUUCCAUACAAGCAAGAGCUCAAUGUCAUCAAAAUAUACUGUCACAAAGGGGAGGCCGUCACUGUUUACAUGAAUCAGAAGAACCCAAUACUGUUUGAAGUGGAGAAAGCUCUGUAUCCAACAGUGUACUCUCUGUGGGCCUACCCAGAUCUUCUCCCUGCCUUUUCAACAUGGCCCCCUGUGCUACAGAAACUUGCAGGAGGAGCAGAUCUGAUGCUGCCAGGAGUUGUGGUGCCAUCUUCUGGCUUCCCUCAGGUGGAGCAGGGCACACUCUGUGCUGUCACCCUCCUGGGAAACAGGGCUCCUGUGGCAGUUGCAGUUGCCACCAUGUCCACUGCACAAAUGCUGGCUGCUGGAAUGAAGGGGAAGGGCUUUGCUGUGCUGCACACUUACCUGGAUCACCUCUGGGAAUAUGGUGACAAAUCUUAUCCUCCUGCCUUAGCUCCCUUGGUCCCAGAUUGUGCUGGAGAUGAGGAAGAGCAGGAGGGGAAAGAGCCUGUCAGCAGCUUCCCCCCUGACCCAGUGCAGCACGUGGACAUGGGGGAUUUGAGCCUGAAGGAGCAAGACACUUGUGCAGAACUGCUGGGAAAGGAGGAAUCCCAUGAGAACAGAGCUGCAGAACCAGCUGAAAAUGCCAGCACAGAGGAUCAGCAGCAACCUGAAGACACCAGGACUCCACAAGAGCAAAUGGAUGCUUUAUUUAAUCAGUGCUUUUUUCAUGCCUUAAAAUGCAAAGUGAAGAAGUCAGAUCUCCCUCUGCUCACCAGCACAUUCCUACGAAGCCACAUGUUCUCCUGCUGCCCUGCUGGACAACAACUGGACAUAAAGAAAUCAAGCUAUAAGAAGUUCUCUAAAUUCCUGCAAUCCAUGCAGAACCAGAAGAUCCUACAAGUGAAGGAGCUGAACAAAGGUGUGGAGAGCAUUGUGGAAGUGGACUGGAAACACCCAGACAUUAAAGCAUUUGCAGUCCCUGAAGGAUCUUCUUCAGCCUCUGCUGCCCAAGACAGCAAGAAUGAAGAUGGGGAACAAGUGUACCAUGCCCCUGAAAUCAUUCCUCUUUAUGGGGUCUCAACCCAAAUGGUCCCACUCUUCCAGGAGUCUGGACACGGAAAAGGCAGCGUCCUCUCAAGCAGUGAGGUGAGAGACAUCAUCAUUAACUAUGUGAAGACUAACGAGUUGGUGGAUGAAUCAAACAAAAACCUUGUGAAGGUGAAUGCCAUUCUGUGUGAUUGCCUGUUAGAAAAAUCAGAACAAGAUGAGAUCUCACACCUUACAUGGGAUGACCUCUUGAGCAGGUGCCUUGAACGACUGCAGCCCUUCCACCAGGUGACAUUUUCCGGACAAGAACCUGUUGUGAGGAAAGGAUACAUCGCACACAUCGACAUAAGCAUAGCCCAGAGAUCAUCAAAUAAGAAGGUGACAAUUAUCAAGAACCUGGAGCCGUAUGGUCUGGACCCACAGUGUGUGGCCAACACCCUGCAACAGAAAGCCCAAGCCAGUGCCACCCUCAACCCGGUACCAGGAGCAAAAGACAGAGUUCAGGUCCAGAUCCAAGGGAACCAAAUCCAUCACCUGGCCAAGAUCCUGCUGGAGGAGUAUCAGCUCCCUAGGAAAUACAUCCGAGGCCUGGAGAAGGCUCCAAAGCUCGGCCGGAAGAAGUAGGAGGAAAAUCUGCUGUUCACAGGAGUGUUUUCUGCCAACAAAUGGAGGAUCAUGUGCAGGCCCUGUUCGUUCAAAAACGAGUCCUGGAUGUUUACAAGGUCUGGAAUUCACCCAAAUAAUGAUAUUGCUCCAGGUGUUCAUUUUUCAUGAAAAUAAAAAGCUCAAUAAAA